AUGAAGAUAACAUUUAGCUUAUUUUUUAUCCUUGUAAUUGUAACCAAGCUGAAUUCUAAAUCUAAUGUAUACUGUGCUAAUGAUUACAUUAAUGACUCUAGAGAAAUUAAGUAUUCCCCAUACACUUUUGAUUUAAGUAGUUAUGAUUUAGGUAGUCAAGAUAACCUUUUAAUAAAUUUAGAACACAAUGAAUCAAAACAAAAUUUGAGAAAAAAAAGAAGUGAAAAUCCGUUAGAACAUUUAGAGGAAAGUCAUUAUAAUACUGAAGAAUAUAUGGCCAGAAAUGAUGCUAAUGAUACAAGUUCACAUGAACACCAAGAAUAUGAAACACCAAACCCAGAAUACCCAGAACAACAUUCUUCUACUCAUGAACAAUAUGCCACUUCAAAUAUAAAUGAAUCUCCCUUGGAUACAAAAUUAGACCCAGAACCCUAUGAACACGGUGGACCUUCUCCACAUUUUGAGAACCCAGCUCCCGCAGAAGCUAAUCACGAUAGAGAACAUCCAGAUGCAAACGAAUUCAUUGGAGCACCUGGACAUCAUCCACAUGUUGACCAUGCAGGCCCCACAGAAGCUAAUCACGAUAGAGAACAUCUAGAUGCAAACGAAUUCAUUGGAGCACCUGGACAUCAUCCACAUGUUGACCAUGCAGGCCCCACAGAAGCUAGUUACAAUACAGAAAAUGUAUACCCAGAACCCUUUGAACACGGUGGACCUUCUCCACAUUUUGAGAAUCCAGCUCCCAGAGAAGCUAAUCGCGAUAAAGAACAUCCAGAUGAAAAUGAAUUCAUUGGAGCACCUGGAGCUCCCCAUUUUGAUAAUCCAGCUUCCGCAGAAGCUAAUCACGAUAAAGAACAUCCAGAUGCAAACGAAUUCAUUGGAGCACCUGGACUUCAUCCACAUGUUGAUCAUGCAGGUCCCCCAUCAACAAAUGAAGAUUCAUGGGCAGUAAUUGCAAAUAAUGAAUAUCACAAAGAAGUAAACGAGCCAAGCUAUAAAACAGCAGAGAUAAAUCAAAUUUUCAUAAAGGGAAUCGAUUUAUGCAAAGAUAUUUUCGAGUAUAGAAUGACUAAAUCUACAUAUAAGAAUGAAAAUAAUGCGAGUAAUGAAGUUACCCCAGAAGAACCAGAAAAUAAUGAGAGCCAUCAAAUUACCGUUGAUGCAAGAAAUGAGAUUGAUCCCCUACCCACUAUUUCAAAAGUUUAUAUAAUAGACAAUACACUUGAGCAAUAUAUGAAAGAUAUACAUUCCAUAUUAAUAAAUAUACAAAAUAUUAUUGAAAAAAGUAAAACAGUUGUAGAAUAA